AAUGACAAGUACGAAAUGAAAAAAAAAAUUGCACCCUCUUUUUGAGUUUUGUUAUUGUUGUUGGUUGGUUGAUUUUAUUCUGUAAGUGCUCUCUCCCUCUCAUACACACGCUGUGGUUUUUUUGGGGGGUUUCUCAAUGAGAAAUAAUUAGUGGUGUUUACUCUCUCUCAGUAUUCGGUAAGGUUGAGAAAACAACAGAGAGUGAGUGUGUGUGCGUUUGUAUGUGCAUUAUUGAGUGUUGCAAAUGUUGUGCUUUUAUUACGCUCUAUCUUCCCCGAAAUGAUGCUUAUUGUUGGCCGCUUUCUUUUGCUCGCAUUUUGUGUGACAUUUUCAUUUGCUUUGCACUGCCACCUACUAAAUGGAAAAUAAUUUGUGAAUGAGCAAGCAAACUGUGUAAAAGUAGAUAAUACUCCAAAAGAAAAUCGGAAAAUUUUGUAAAUUAUGACAAUUUGUGUUUGUGUGUGGUGCCAUAAUUGAAAUAAACAAAAAAGAAAAAAAAAAAAAAAAAAAACGGUUUGCUAAAAGUCUAAUUUAAUUAGUUUUGUGUAUCGCGUUAGUUUUUUUUGGUGGCGUAUUGAAAGAAAACCUCGCUUGUUUCUUCUUGUCCAAGCAAGACCGGACGGGCUCAGUCAGUUUUGUGUGUGUGAUUGGUGUUUGCAAAAUUUUUGCUUCUUUAAAACCAGAAAACGUUGUGAUUUUCAGCGACAAAAAAGAAGCAUCCAAUAAAAUAAGGAAAAAGAGUUCAUCAUCAGCACCAUCGUGCCCUGAUUAUUAAGUUACGGCGAUAACACAUUGGUGGUCAUCAGUGAAUAAGAAAGAAAGAAAUCGAACGAAUCAACCCAAUCAAGGUUAUCUAGUAUUUUGAAAUCUUCAUCUCAACAUCGUCGUUCGUUAGCAACCAUCACCACUGUCAUCAUCAUCAUCAUCUGAAUCAUCGGCAUCCUAGUCAAAAUACAAUUUUAAGUUUUUAUUGUUUAUUUUGCAAAAACAAAAAAACAAUUUUCAUCUACAACAAAAAUCCCCACCAAUCGGUUCGCCUUCAAAAUUCAAAUUAUGUUGAACAACGACACAAAGGGUUCACCAAAUGUAAGACCCAUAUGUAAUCAUCCGGGAAGGUCUAUUUUCGGGAAAAAUAAUUUUGAGGGGGGUAUGUCCCCAAAGAACGUAUUAACACCAUCGUACGACAUGAAUGGCUACAGUCGCAAAUCACCUUCGAAGCGUCGCUAUGAAGGAUCCAAAUAUUCAGGAACACCAAAGAAGAAACCACGCACCAGCAAGGAACGUGUACCACAACCAAAGAAUACAGUAGCCAUGUUAAAUGAGCUGCGGCAUGGUUUGGUUUACAAGUUGGAGUCACAAACUGGUCCGGUGCAUGCACCAUUGUUUACAAUUUCAGUAGAGGUUGAUGGUCAAAAGUAUCUCGGUCAGGGACGCAGUAAAAAAAUCGCCCGCAUCGAAGCGGCGGCAACGGCCUUGCGCAGUUUUAUACAAUUCAAAGAUGGCGCCGUCUUGACACCCCUGAAGCCGGCUUGUAAUUUAGAUUUCACCAGCGAUGAACAUCUGGACAAUGGUACUGGUAUAGAUAUUGACAAAAUGUCACAAACUGAAUUGAUUCUGUAUGUUGGGAGCAUUGUGAAGAAAGCUAAACUUAAAGCAAAACUUUGUUCAUCCAAGAAUUCCUCCACAGACCUCUUGCUUGAGAACAUUAAGUUGAGCAUGCAAAAUUCCAACAAGAGUCCCCUGAGUGUGGAUGGCCAAAAGAAAGUACCCGACAAGGGACCCGUUAUGCUGCUCUACGAGCUGUUCACCGAUGUCCAUUUCGAUUGCUCAACCGUUGAUGGAGCUCAAAAUAAUUGCCGUUUCAAGAUGACGGUAACAGUUAAUAAUAGUAAAUUUGAUGGAACUGGACCCUCAAAGAAGUUAGCCAAAAAUGCUGCUGCCAAGGCGGCAUUAGCAUCGCUCUGCAACAUUUCCUACAGUCCCAUGAUGCAUCCCCAAAAGAAUCUCCCGCUACCACUGGACGAUAAAUCAUCAUCCAUGGAAUUGCCACAAAUACAUGCCGACACCAUUGGCCGUUUAGUUUUGGAAAAGUUUAUGGAAGUCAUCAAAGGACAAGAAUCGUAUUCACGGCGCAAAGUUUUGGCCGGCAUUGUCAUGACAGAGAAUAUGAAUUUUAAUGAAGCUCAAGUCAUUUCAGUAUCGACUGGCACCAAAUGUGUCAGCGGUGAACAUAUGAGCAUUAAUGGCUCCGUUCUAAAUGAUUCACAUGCUGAAAUUGUAUCGCGUCGUUGUUUUAUGAAAUAUUUGUAUGCACAAUUGGAGCUGCACUUUAAUCCGGCAACAGCAAAUCAGUCAAUUUUCGUGAGGAACCAAGAAAAUGCGCAAUACCCGUACAAAUUGAAAACCGGUGUACAUUUUCAUCUGUACAUAAAUACAGCGCCUUGUGGGGAUGCUCGCAUUUUUAGUCCCCACGAAAAUGACUCGAGUGUUGAUAAACACCCAAAUAGAAAAGCACGUGGUCAAUUGCGUACAAAGAUUGAAUCGGGUGAAGGUACCAUACCCGUUAAGAGCAGUGAUGGCAUUCAGACCUGGGAUGGUGUUUUGGAGGGUCAUCGUCUUCUUACCAUGUCAUGUUCCGAUAAAAUUGCCCGUUGGAAUAUUGUGGGCAUACAGGGCUCAUUGCUGUCAUCGAUUAUUGAACCAAUCUAUUUGCAUUCCAUAGUAUUGGGCAGUUUGUUGCAUCCGGAGCAUAUGUAUCGGGCCGUAUGUGGUCGCAUUGAAAAAUCCAUACAAGGUCUUCCACCACCGUAUCAUUUGAAUAAGCCACGUUUGGCUCAGUUGACAUCGUCGGAGCCUCGUAAUCAGGCAAAGGCACCAAAUUUCGGUAUUAAUUGGACAAUUGGCGAUACUGAAGUGGAGGUGGUGAAUUCGCUGACCGGCAAGACCGUGAACAAUCAAAUCUCACGUAUUACCAAACAAAUGUUCUUCAAUAAGUAUGGCAGUUUGGUGAAGAAUCUACCAGGUCUACCCGAACGUAAGCUGACCACAGAUUAUGGACAGACUAAGGCCAAAGUUAAAGAUUAUCAGAUUGCCAAACGUGAGCUGUUUGCCGCCUUUCGUCGUGAGGAUUUGGGUAAUUGGUUAAAGAAACCCCAAGAACAAGAUGAAUUUGCGCUUCCGGAAUGACUGCU